GUGAAAAGGAAUGAAAUGCAGUGUGACCAGAGCUUAUUUGUUGACAGGCUGCCAGAACAGUUAAGGACUUUGACCUUGCAGCUCGUGAACUGAAGUCUUGCUGCUCGCAAAAAGAUGGUUGUUUCAUGGUCAAAUCUCUCUCCGAAAGGACAAGUUAUUGUUGGUGUGGCUGCAGUGUGUAGUUCUGCAGCAAUUGCUGUAUGGAUGUGGAAACGUUCCAAAAAAUCGUCACAUUGUUCCUCUUCAAAAGAAGGAAGAAAUCAGGACUCAGAUGAGAUAAAGGCCAAACCUCAACACCUAGAGAAGACAAAAGAAGAGCUGGACAAUGAAGUGUACAAGAUCAUCAUGUUUUUAUGCCAGCGGAGGCUUCUGGAGAACCACAGGGAGCUGUUCAAACUGCAGCUGGAAGACGUGGAGAGAGAGAGGGAGGACAACAAGGAGAAGAUCCAGUCAGUGGAGAAGUUAAUAACAGAGAGCGAGAGAGAAAAGGCAACUGAGACAACAGAAGAACUCCUCAGAGAGAAACAGAAGCUGUUAAGUGCUCAGUGGAAGCUGGAGAGGAAAAAGGAAGACCUUGAGAAGUUGCAGCUGAACACAGAGAAAGUGCUGCAGUGUGAAGAGGCAGACGGUCUUCUGACCAGGAUGACCGAGAAGAAGCAGAAUUUAGAGAAGAAAGAGGAAGGAAUGUGAGGAAUAUUCCCACUUUCAAGAAGAACUUAAAUUUAAACUUUACCAUGUAGUUGUAGUUGCCUAUUUGACAUUGCGCUUUGUUGAACAUAUUCUGUAUAAAUUAUUAAAUACAGUGUACAAAUAAUUGAUAACGAAUAAUAAGUGCAGUUACAUGCUAAUUAUGACCACACCUGGAACGUAACACUGGGGGUUGUUUAUAACAGUUUACAUUAACUUUGUCGGGGCUUGAGUCAAGUUUGGAUGUAAAAAACACCAACUACAUUUUUUUUUAUCUUUUUUUCAUUUAUUUUCCACAUAUUUUCAGUUCCUUGUUGCUGUUUAGGUACACACUUGGUUAGGUUUAGGGGACAUAUAGUUUGGGUAACUGUAUGUGGAUUACUUCUGCCAUGUGUGAAUUUUUGCAGUCUUUCUCUUAACAGCUAUGACUUCACAAAAACAUGAGUGGUCAGUUACAGUGAUGUUCCUGGAUCAUCAUUAACGAUAUUGUUCCAGGAAGAU